AUGUGGGAUCAGCUGCCGGAGCUGAUAUUGACGCAGAUAUUCAGUCACCUCGCUCGUGGGGACCGUGCCAAUGUUGCACAAGUCUGUCAGUCAUGGAAUCGUGCACUUUCCUCGCCAAUUCUUUGGCGUUCCGUUACGGUCUUCGUCGAUCGUGAUCUGCGUGGUGACUUCUCGCUCGCGGGAGAAUUAGCCGCGAAAUAUGGACAGCAUAUGCGAAACUUGGAACUUGCUUGGUCACGACCGUACAUCUUGCCAAGGGAGGCCCGUAUUACUCGUAAUGUUCAAGCUGAAGCAGGUGCCGACUUCCUUACGGUUGUACGAGCUAAAAACGUCCAGUUGAAGAAACUGAUACUCACCGAUUGGAUCUUCAGCUGUAAAUGGGGGAACAGAGGCAAACUGUUGUACGCGCUAGCGAGUUUUCUGGGAUAUCUCCGUUUGCUCGGACGAUUUCGCGGGCUAACCGUCCUCAGGCUCGAUUAUCCGGCCUUGUCCGAUCAAACGUUGAACGCUCUGACGAACGCAAGUUCGAGGGUGUUGAGAACUCUUCACGUAUCGGUGAGAGACUCCGAUUCCAGGCAUCACACGAUCGCUGACUCCGCCUGGCACAAUUUGGUGCUCGUCUGCCCCGAGCUCACGGUGUCUUACACUAUAGUUAACAUCUCCCAUUACGAAGAUAUGUGCUACUUGCUGCUGCCCAGUGUGCCAUUGGCCAGGUUUCAAAUGUUCAGCGGCCACGUGUGGGAUCAGAGUAGAUCUCGUAAUUUCAGAAGCACCGUCGGACUGCUUAUUACCCAUUACACCAACACGCUCGCGGAGGUGAUGCUACAACUCAGGAACAAUCGCGAGCUGCUCGACGAUUUGCUCGUCUCCAUGCUGGUGCGUUGUAAACACCUAACGAGAUUACAGUACGACGGUAUAAUAAGAAGUCUCGACACUUUGCGGGACAUCUGUCAGCUUCAAGCUGAAAGCAAGACACGUUUUCGCACGAUUCACGUGAAACCGCGUAACGUGAACGCCCGAAAUCGAGCCAUAUUGAACGACAUCAACUACAAUUACGAUCACAAGAUGACGGAACAAGGAGUAGAUUUUCGUAUCGAGGAUCCAGCCUCGGUUUUACUCUUCUACUAG